GACUUGAAUGAUGUAUUUAUGUGUGUGCAUUAUGGGUUUAUUUAUCAUAACCGGCGGCCAUGUGUAGCCGAUUGACAAUUGAUUUGUGUUGGGCGGUGCCAAAUUUACAGACUUGUAAAUAAAUACAAAGAUAAAUAUUUUGGGAUCAAAAUGCGCCACUUUUAUAUGUGCUUCCUAAGUUUCACGGCUCUCUCUACGCUUUUCUACAUAUUACAUGAACGUCCUCAUUGGGACUACAUGGGAUCAUCCGAAACCAGCACAGGACACAACGAAAUGUAUCACAAAAACACCAUACACAUCGUUGCAGUCGCCUGUGGCCAGCGAGCUCAAGAGACUCUAGUUAUGAUAAAGUCAGCUAUCCUUUUUAAUUAUUAUCAAGAAUACCUCAAGUUCAUAGUAUUUACAGAAGAUCCAUUAACUGGUAUAUUAAGGGAGAAACUGACAGACUGGCGUGAUUUAUACCCGCAACUGUUUGACUUCGAGCUUUUGCCAUUAAAAUUUCCAAACAAAAGUGAAAUGGAGUGGAAAAACCUUUUUAAACCAUGUGCAGCACAGCGCCUAUUUUUGCCGUCUCUAUUGACGGAUGUCGACUCGCUGCUGUACGUGGAUACGGAUAUUUUAUUUUUAUCUCCGAUUUCUGAUAUAUGGCAGUUCUUUGGAAAAUUCAACGAGAGUCAAAUUGCUGCAUUAACGCCAGAGCACGAAAAUGAAAAUAUUGGAUGGUACAACCGCUUUGCACGUCAUCCGUUCUAUGGCCGACUUGGAGUAAACUCUGGAGUCAUGCUGAUGAAUCUUACACGCAUGCGAAAAUUCAAUUGGGAACCUCAUGUAUUUCCUAUUUAUAAGGAGUUUAAGCUACGUAUUACCUGGGGCGACCAAGAUAUUAUAAAUAUUCUGUUUUAUUAUCAUCCCGACAAACUCCAUAUAAUGCCAUGCGAAUAUAACUAUCGUCCAGAUCACUGCAUGUAUAUGAGUAUAUGCAAUACUUCACAUUCUGGAAUAAAGUUAAUACAUGGUAAUAGAGGAUAUUUUCAUUCUAACAAGCAACCAUUAUUUAAAGCAAUUUAUGAUGCAAUUGAAAGUUAUCAAUUUAGUUCUAAUGUAUACGCCGAUUUUCUGUUGCCGCUUCGCUCAGCAUUAAUUGCGCAACAUAUUAAUGAAUCUAGUUGUGGAAAAAUCUCAAGUGAUAUUCUUUUAGUGGCAAACAGUCUCUUCGAUAAUAAAUAUUAAGCACUAUAAGUUUUCGUCAAAUCAUGUAAGGGAACAUGGUAAUUAUAAACAAACCGAUUGCAUUAUAAAAUAUUUUGUAAAUAAUUAAAAGUUUU